AUGGUUACCACAGCAACAGUAACUGUUAACAGAAAGAGCAGUUCAACAGCAGACAGGCAAAAUCAGGCCUCUCUGUCUGAACAGUGCAGUAAAAGCAGAGCUCAGGUCAGUCAGCUGGAGGCGGAGCUUCAACAGGAGAGGAGGAGGAGGAGCAGGAUGAAGAACAUCAUUCAGGAAGCUGCUGUUGCUCUCAGACAAGCACUGAUGCAGGACUCAGAGGUGGACCAGUGGAAGCAGCUGAUGCAGAGGAUGCUGGUGCUUUUAAGCAGAGACGGAUUUGCCAGCUCCGCUGCUGACAGCGGCAAAGUGAACGAGCUGCAGACGGCUGACUCUGCAGCAGCCCGAACAAGGAGUCUGGAUCCAGAUUGGAGUUUCCAGUUCCAGCUGGCCCGCUACAGGCCGGGAGAUCUGGGUUUUGUGCCUCGCCCCGCGCUGAAACACAAAAACGUGCUCCCCAGGAUGGAAGCUGGCUCCAGCAGGAAACCGUCGAGUCUGAAGGCGGACAGCUCUGUGAAGCUCACCGAUCCAGCUGUGACCUCCAAACAGACCAAACUCAAGUGA